AUGGAGCCGUGGUGGGCAGCAACCACACCGCAGGAAUGGAUCGAUAGGCUGGGCUGCAAAGUCACGGUUCAGCUGAAGGGAAGCCAGGCGCCAAUCGAGGGCUUCCUCUACUCAGUCGAUCCCGAGCUGCACCACCUCAUGAUCCUGCGACCAGCACCCCCAGCAGCUACUCUCGAUAAGCGGGUAGACUAUCGCGUAGAGCGUGUGGUGGCGUUCGCUCAUGCCAUCACGGCCGUUCAAUCUCAAGCCGAGUCGACCACCACCACCGCCACCGCCUACACCACCACAAACUUCCAACACCGCAAGGCCGUCGUGCAGCAGCUGCUCGAGAAGGCCCUGAUCCCGCACGCCGAGGAGAAGGGCGGCGUGAUUGUGGUGAUGGCCGGCGUGGCCUCGAUCGACCCGCCCUACAACGCCGACUCAUGUCGGUCGCGCAACGAGAUCGUCCUCCAGCGCCUGCAGGCCAUCCUCUCCACCCUUGUCCCCGCUUCAUGA